CUCUCUCUCUCUCUCUCUCUGUGCGAUCAGAAACGAUGGAUGCAAAGAAGCUAAGUGAACUAAAGCUCUUCAUUGAGCAGUGCAAGUCUGACCCUUCCCUUCUCUCUACACCUUCCCUCUCCUUCUUCCGCGACUAUCUCCAGAGUCUUGGUGCUAAGAUUCCUACUGCUGCUAAUGAAGAACACAAAGACUCCAAAGCGAAGAGUUUCGUAGUGGAAGAAGAGAGUGAUGAAGAUAUGGAGGAAACUGAAGAGGCAAAACCCAAAGUGGAGGAAGAGGAGGAAGAAGAAGAGGAUGAGAUUGUUGAAUCUGAUGUGGAGCUUGAAGGAGAGACUGUUGAACCUGAUAAUGAUCCUCCUCAGAAGAUGGGAGAUGCAUCAGUUGAAGUAACCGAUGAGAAUCGAGAAGCUGCUCAAGAAUCUAAGGGCAAAGCCAUGGAGGCUCUCUCUGAAGGGAAUUUCGAUGAAGCAAUUGAGCAUUUGACUCAGGCUAUAACGUUGAACCCAACAUCAGCUAUUAUGUAUGGGAACAGAGCUAGUGUUUACAUUAAGUUGAAGAAGCCAAACGCUGCCAUUCGAGACGCAAACGCUGCAUUGGAGAUUAACCCUGAUUCUGCCAAGGGAUACAAGGCACGAGGUAUGGCUCGUGCCAUGCUAGGAGAAUGGGCAGAGGCUGCAAAAGACCUUCACCUUGCAUCUACCAUAGACUAUGAUGAGGAAAUUAGCGCUGUGCUCAAAAAGGUUGAGCCAAAUGCUCAUAAGCUAGAGGAGCAUCGUAGGAAGUAUGACAGACUAAGGAAGGAAAGAGAUGACAAAAAGGCUGCACGUGAUAGACAACGUCGCCGCGCUCAAGCACAGGCUGCCUAUGAUAAAGCUAAGAAAGAAGAACAAUCAUCAUCAAGCAGACCAUCAGGAGGUGGUAUGCCAAGCGGUUUCCCUGGAGGUAUGCCCGGUGGAUUCCCUGGAGGUAUGCCUGGUGCAGGCGGUUUCCCUGGAGGUAUGCCAGGUGGUUUUCCGGAAGGAAAGCCUGGUGCAGGAGCUGGUGGUAUGCCUGGUGCAGGUGGUAUGCCGGGUGGUGUUGACUUCAGCAAAAUAUUGAAUGAUCCAGAGCUAAUGACAGCUUUUAGCGACCCAGAAGUCAUGGCUGCUCUUCAAGAUGUGAUGAAGAACCCUGCGAAUCUAGCCAAGCAUCAGGCGAACCCGAAGGUGGCUCCGGUGAUUGCAAAGAUGAUGGGCAAGUUCGGAGGAGGACCCAAGUAAAAAAACAGAGCAACAAACAACAGCUUGUGUCUUUUGCAAUUUAUGUGUUUAACUUAGUGAGAUGAGUGAUAUGCUGUGUUGAGAAUCUUUUAUUAUAUUUUCGUUGUGAGAGAAGUUUGAACCCUUUUGCAAGUUCGUUAAUAAUAUUACCUCAUGUCGUUUCUUCACUUUAAGGUUUUUUGUAAAUAACAAAAGCAAAUCAAGUUUUGUCUUAUGGCCAUAUAUGGUGGCAUUGUGUUAUGAAGGUUCGUCUCCCAUGUCUAUGA